AUGAAAUGGGAUCAAUACAUCCCCUCAACCACUGCAAAUAAUCCUCUCACUCCCACAUGGGUAAAGUUCUAUGGCAUCCCUCAAAAGUAUUGGACAGCAAUAGGACUAAGCCAUAUUGCUAGCACUGUGGGAAUCCCUCUCUACGCAGACCAAGCAACAGAAGCCAGAUCAAAACUCAGAUAUGCAAGAAUCUGUAUCAAUGUUGAUCUCUCAAAACCUCUUCUCACUUCAACCCAGCUCAAGAUGGAUGGAUUCAUUUUUGACAUUGGUAUCGAAUAUCAAUGGCUCCCAAAGAUCUGUAACCUGUGCAAAAAACUCAACCACACUGAACCAUCUUGUCCUUUAUACCAUAUCAACCAUGAAGCACAGAUGAGAACCUCUAACGUUCCACCAAAUGGUACCACAAGCCCCAUCAUUGAAGGCAACCCUUCAGCCCAUAAUCCACCAAACACAGAAUGGAUCACAAUUCAAAAGAAAAAGGGUAAAAAGCUCUACCCCAAAGCUACUGGGAUUCAGCAAUCAUCAUGCCCUAUAAUUUCUAAUCCAUUCUCACUCCUUAACUACUCUCAUCAGAGUCAGCAUCUCCCUCACCUCCAACCUCACCCACAACAAACCCCUCACAAUCAGCCAACUCACCAUCCACACCACCUUAUUCCCAGGCCACAAACAUCCAAGCUCAUGUAUUAUCUCCCUUAUGCAUCAGGAAACUUACAUUCAAUGACUCCCCUUCCUCCUCUAUCCCAUCUCAGAUAUGUUCCUCUUUACCUUCAUUAA